UGCCGCUGCCCAACCUCGCCAGUUCAGACCCACCAGGACGGCCCUCUCCUGAGUAAUCCCCUUGCUGCCCAGGCCCUGAGCGCAGCGCAGCGCGGCCGCACAGCAGAUGCUAAAGAUCCAUUUACCAUGUUUUCUUUUGAGAUUCACCAUGUUGAAAGUCCUUUUCCUAAUUAUGCUGACCGUGGCACUGGUCAAGUCACAGGACACGGAAGAAACCAUCACUUACACGCAAUGCACUGAUGGAUAUGAAUGGGACCCUGUAAGACAACAGUGCAAAGAUAUUGAUGAAUGUGACAUUGUCCCAGAUGCUUGCAAAGGUGGGAUGAAAUGUGUCAAUCACUAUGGAGGAUACUUGUGCCUUCCUAAAACAGCCCAGAUUAUUGUGAACAAUGAGCAACCUCAGCAAGAAACACCAGCAGGAGCAGAAGCAUCCUCAGGUGCCACCACUGGGAGUGUAUCUGCCAGUAGUGUAGCAGCCAGUGGCAUAAUACCUGGAGGUGGCUUUGUGGCUAGUGCUGCCGCAGUUGCUGGCCCUGAAGUGCAGACUGGUCGAAAUAAUUUUGUCAUCCGUCGGAACCCAGCUGACCCUCAGCGUAUUCCUUCCAACCCUUCCCACCGGAUUCAGUGUCCAGCUGGCUAUGAGCAGAGUGAGCAUAACCUAUGCCAAGACAUCGACGAGUGCACUGGAGGGACACACAACUGUAGAGCCGACCAAGUUUGCAUCAAUUUGCGAGGCUCCUUCACAUGUCAGUGCCCUACAGGGUAUCAGAAACGAGGCGAGCAAUGUGUGGAUAUAGAUGAAUGCACAGUGCCUCCAUAUUGCCACCAAAGAUGUGUGAACACACCAGGCUCAUUUUAUUGUCAGUGCAGUCCUGGGUUUCAGUUGGCAGCAAACAACUACACCUGCGUAGACAUAAAUGAAUGUGAUGCCAGCAACCAAUGUGCUCAGCAAUGCUACAAUGUUCUUGGUUCAUUCAUCUGUCAGUGCAACCAAGGAUAUGAGCUAAGCAGUGACAGGAUCAACUGUGAAGACAUUGAUGAAUGCAGAACAUCAAGCUACCUGUGUCAAUAUCAAUGUGUCAAUGAACCUGGGAAAUUCUCUUGCAUGUGCCCCCAGGGAUACCAAGUGGUGAGAAGUAGAACAUGUCAGGAUAUAAAUGAGUGUGAGACUACCAAUGAAUGCCGAGAGGAUGAAAUGUGCUGGAAUUAUCAUGGCGGCUUCCGCUGUUACCCACGAAAUCCUUGUCAAGAUCCCUAUGUUCUAACAUCAGAGAACCGAUGUGUUUGCCCAGUCUCAAAUGCUAUGUGCCGAGAACUGCCCCAGUCCAUAGUCUACAAAUACAUGAGCAUCCGCUCUGAUAGGUCUGUGCCAUCGGAUAUCUUCCAGUUACAGGCCACAAUGGUCUUUGCCAACACUAUCAAUACUUUUCGGAUUAAAUCUGGAAAUGAAAAUGGAGAGUUCUACCUACGACAAACAAGUCCUGUGAGUGCCAUGCUUGUGCUUGUGAAGUCGCUGUCAGGACCAAGAGAGUACAUCGUGGACCUGGAGAUGUUGACAGUCAGCAGCAUAGGAACCUUCCGCACAAGCUCAGUGUUGAGACUGACAAUCAUAGUAGGACCAUUUGCAUUUUAGCCUUUGCAUUUAAAUCAGCUAAAGAAUAUCAUUACCUUAAAUCAUUGUUUUAUUUAUAGUUAUAUCUACUACAUCCAUAUCAAUAUUCUCACUUAUAAUUCAAACAAUGACACCAUGCUACCAAGUAGACAUUUAAUCUGUAAAGAUUCAAAGUUUAUUUUUAUGACUGUGUGUAAAUUAGGCAUUAAUCCACUAAACUGGUCUUCUUCAA